CUUCAACCUACAUCUGUUCCUGUUUGCUAUAUAAUGCAACAGAUCGUCAUAUAUACCUUAAUUUAUACUCUCCCCCAUACCUCGGUUAUACGAACAUGCUAAUUGACCUAUCCUCGACCCAAUAACCUUACCACACCUCCCUCCCGAUAGACCCUCCCGCAUCUCCGAGGGACCGACAGCAGUAUGGCAGGAUCCGCCACCAGAAAAGGCUCAACGCCAGCCAAGGUCCCCUUCAGCGCCAGAUCUCAGACCCCCGCGAAGCGCAACGGCAGUCUGCUGAACUUCUUCCAAAAAGCCGACGGGCCGCCCAAAGCCACCUCCACCCAACCCCGGAUCACUCAAUUUGCCACCAAAACCGCCCGGCCGACCAGCAAUGGCCACGGCAGCACCCCGACGCUGCGCAGACAAGGGAGCUCUACAGCCAGCGACGGCGCAGGCGAUCUGUUCCUCGAGGACAAGAACCGGACCCGAUCCGCGACCUACGCACCCCCCGAGCCGCAACGGACAGCACGGUCGAGGACUCCGGACGAUAUCUGGGAAGGCGAGCCGGAAACGCCGGCGCCAGCAACAGCGACAGCGGCGACCGAGGAAGACCGCUACAACGAGAACGGAUCCUCCGGCGUCAAGAAACGCAAACUUGAUUCCCCGUCCGCGGGCGAUGAUGCAGCAGCAGCAGCACGAGCGAAGCCGUCCGAUGAUGCCGACGCUACGCCGGUAGCGGCGCCCGUGAAGAAAUCCCGUCACCUCAGUGGUCCCUUCAUCGACGAAUCUGAUAGCGAGGAGGAGGAAGAUCUGGAGAAGUUCCGUGAUUACGCGGAUGGGCCAUCGGCCGCAUUGAUAGAUAAGCCCACUGCCAUUGCCACGGAAUCGCCCGUCAAUGCCGAGGAAGCAGAUCCGUCAGCCAAAACACGACCGACGCCCGCUGUUGAGACACCACCAUCCUUGGUAAGAGAAACCACGAGUUACACCGAACCUGAUGAAGACACGAAUUUUGACGAUAUGGAAGACGAGUUCCGAGGGGAAGAGAAUUUCUUAGAUGCCUUUGAUGAUGAUGAUGAUGAUGAUGAUGAUGAUGAUGAUGAUGAUGAUGAUGAUGAUGAUGAUGAUGAUGAUGAUGAUGAUGAUGAUGAUGAUGAUGAUGAUGACGAUGGACUUAAUAAUGAAGAGAAGGAGGUGUUGUUUGGAUUGGAGGAUUAUAGUAAUGGCCCGGAUGACGACGGAAAUACGUUUGGUUGCGAAGUGCCCAUUUGUCCGAUCUGUCAAACUAGUUUGACUGGCCUGAAUGAAGCUGAUGUCUCGGUGCACGUCAAUGACUGCUUAGAUGGCAAGCCUAGCACAACACAGCCAAGAUCUGAUUCUACAAGCAAGCCCGAGCCCGGGAUCAAGUCCGAGCCUGAGAUCGAUCCGGAUCCCGAAAUCAAACUUGAACCUGAACCUCCAUCGAAAGCACUGACUCGAUCGGACCGGGCAGCGAUUGCUCGCCCCGCUCAACGUGAUCCUUACGCUUCCGGCGGGGCUGGAGCGAGGUCUGCUUUUUCCAAGCUCAUGGCUGGAAACGCGGAGGACAGCGCCUGGGCCGCAGCGGCGGCCAAUGAAGUGGCAUCCAGAGGCAAGCAGGCAUAUCAACGGACCUGUCCGUUCUACAAGAUCAUGCCCGGAUUCUCUAUAUGUGUGGACGCGUUUCGCUAUGGUGCUGUCGAAGGCUGCAAUGCUUACUUUCUGAGUCACUUUCAUAGUGACCACUACAUUGGCCUCACGGGUUCAUGGCGACACGGUCCUAUAUACUGCAGUCGCGCGACGGCCAAUCUAGUGUGCCAGCAGUUGAAGGUCAAUCGUAAAUGGUUGGUGCCACUCGAAUUCGAGAAGAAGACGGAGAUCCCUGGCACGGGGGGCGCACAUGUGACAAUCAUCGAAGCGAACCAUUGUCCAGGAAGUGCCAUAUUUCUCUUUGAGAAGACCAUGGGAUCUGGCCCAUCGAAACGGACGCAUCGGGUGCUUCAUUGCGGAGAUUUCCGCGCCUCGCCGCUCCAUGUGCAGCAUGCACUCUUGCGCCCGGAGGUUGUCGAUCUCACCACGGGCCAGCGUCGUCAGCAACACAUAGAUGCUUGCUACCUAGACACCACGUAUUUGAGCCCCAAAUACGCCUUUCCAAGCCAGGAAGAUGUCAUACAGGCUUGUGCCGAUCUUUGCGUGGAGCUGAACGAGGGGCAGCAGAAAAGCAACGGGCUUGCCUUUGGCUCUGGCCGAUUGCUGGUGGUGAUCGGGACUUAUAGCAUUGGGAAAGAACGGAUCUGCCUGGGAAUCGCGCGCGCUCUGAAGAGCAAGAUUUUCGCCACUCCAGCCAAACAGCGGAUCUGCGCGUGCCUGGAGGACCCAGAGCUGUCAGCGCUGUUGACGGAUAACCCACGCGAGGCCCAGGUGCAUAUGCAGACCUUGUUUGAGAUCCGAGCGGAGACGCUGGCUGACUAUCUGGACACGUUGAAGCCGCACUUCACGAAAGUGGUGGGCUUUCGCCCGACCGGCUGGACGUACCGGCCGCCCGCGGGCCGUGUGCUGGAUAACCCUCCUGUGUCGACGGUGCUUCACUCGGCACAUUGGCAGACCCCGUUCUCGGCACGCGACCUCGUGCCCCAACGGGGCAGCACGCGGGAAAGUGCCUGUUUUGGGGUGCCGUACAGCGAGCACAGCUCGUUCCGGGAAUUGACCAUGUUCUGCUGCGCCCUUCGGAUCGGACGGGUCAUCCCGACGGUGAAUGUGGGCAGUCAGAAGAGUCGUGAGCGUAUGAAGGCGUGGGUUGAGCGGUGGGAGGCGGAGAAACGAAAGAGUGGGUUGUACCAGGUCAAAGGCGAGCGGUGGUGACGCAGUGUAGCAGAAGUCACAUAGUUUCUGUAUGGAUGUGUACAUAGGUUUCCAAAUUAUAAGACACAAAGUCCCAAUGAAGUAAUAUGCAACGAGCUCGAUCUCAUUGGCAGAGUUCUCUGGGGAGACUGACGAUUAUCUCAAAUCUGACUGGCUUGUGCAUCCCAAUUGCAUGAAAUAGACUUCAAUCUAUCCCUGGAUCGACAAUUCACGGGGUUGAUCGUG